AUGUCCUCGUACUUAAAAAUAUUAUUCCUCCUGCUCAAUUUUGUCUAUAUCAUUAAUGGAGCGGUGCUAGCGCCAACUCGAAGACUAAAUGAUGGAAAUGAAAUGCCGGCUAUUGCGCUCGGAACGUGGCUUGGGAGUAACUCAUCUGGUCGCGUGACACCAAUAUCUAAUGAAGUAGAACAAGCUGUAAAAUGGGCUUUAGACGUCGGAUACAAGCACAUAGACACCGCCUGGAUAUAUAAAAUCGAAGACCAGGUCGGGAAGGGACUGAAAGGAGUGAAGAGAGAGGACGUAUUUGUCACAACUAAGCUCUGGAAUGACAAACACGCGCGAGAUGCUGUAGUUCCGGCGCUGCGAGAGUCCCUCCGCAAUCUUCAACUCGACUAUGUCGACUUAUACCUCAUACAUUGGCCGUGUGGCCAGUUUUCUAACGGCACAUUCGACCUAACCGACAGUAUAGAAACAUGGAAAGGAAUGAUUGAAGCCAAGAAGCUUGGCCUCACUAAGUCCAUAGGCUUGUCCAAUUUCAACCAACAGCAAAUACAGAAAAUCAUAGACAGUGGUCUUGAGAAACCAGCCGCGCUUCAGGUUGAGAUAAGUCUGAAUCUUCAGCAACCAGAACUUCUCGCCUACUGCAAGUCCCAAGACAUCGUGGUGCAAGGCUACACUCCGUUUGGGUCUCUCUUCUAUAACAAGGCCGCCGCAGACGCGCCCCCGCCGCGGGUCGAUGAUCCUAUCUUAGUGGAAAUAGCUAAUAAAUACAACAAAACAGUUCCACAAAUCGCUUUAAGAUACCUGGUGGAAUUAGGCGUUGUCCCACUACCCAAGUCUCUCACAAAGAAUCGCAUAGAACAAAACAUCGACAUCUUCGACUUCGAGCUGACGGAUGAAGAGAAGCAGAAACUGAAGAGUUUUGAUAAAGGCUACAGAACCAUUGCUCAGUACAAGUGGUUAGAUCAUCCUUACUACCCUUUUGAGAAAAAAACA